CGCGCUCAGCUGUUGGGGACCGUGGUCUCUGCUAACCAUGGCGGCUGAGCUUGAGGGUUCCAAGUCCCUGAGUGGGCUGUUGAGCGGGCUGGCUCAGGACACUUUCUACGGGCACCCGGGCAUCACGGAGGAGCUGCUGCGGAGCCAGCUGUAUCCGGAAGUGUCACCUGAGGAGUUUCGCCCCUUUUUGGCGAAGAUGAAGGGGAUUCUUAAGUCUGUUGCGUCUGCAGACAUGGAUUUCAACCAGCUGGAGGCAUUCUUGACUGCUCAAACCAAAAAGCAAGGAGGGAUCACACCUGAGCAAGCUGCUGUCAUUUCCAAGUUCUGGAAGAGCCAUAAGACAAAAAUCCGAGAGAGCCUAAUGAACCAGAGCCGCUGGGACAGUGGGCUUCGGGGCUUGAGCUGGAGAGUUGAUGGCAAAUCGCAGUCAAGACAUUCAGCUCAAAUACAUACUCCUGUUGCCAUCAUGGAGCUGGAAAUAGGGAAAAGUGGGCAGGAAUCUGAAUUUCUGUGUUUGGAAUUUGAUGAGCUCAAGGUCAAUCAAGUCCUGAAGAAGCUCUCAGAGGUAGAAGAAAGUAUCAGCACACUGAUGCAACCAGCCUAGCUGAAGAUGGAGUUGUUGAAGCAGAGGUGUUCAUGAUCCCUCCCCAGAGGCCUGCUUUUUUUAAAAAAGAAAAAUCUUAUUCCCCCAAUAGUAUUAAAUCCUCAAGUUCAAAUCUU